UUAAGGGCAUUAAUUACAAAUAGAUGUCUGUUUUUUGGGGGUACAACAGAACGCCGCUCUGAUUGGCCCAAGUUGGAGUGAAUUCAUACAAAAGUAUUGGUUGAUUUAUAGAGUUUCGCUGAAACACUUGCAGUUCAGUCAUCUGCGCUGCUCGGUCAGGUCAGGCAAGAUACCUUGACUGUUGGUAUUUGCGGGUGUGAAUAUGGCGGUCGAGAAAAAGCGUCGAAGAGGCUUAUCUUCCCUUCAGUUAUUUUUCUGUGGAGUGGGGCAUGUGAUCAAUGACAACACUCGCCGCAUGCUACAUUCAUUCCGCAUGAUUUUUCUCAUGAGGGUGGUUGGCAUUUCUGCAACCAAUGCCGGCUUGAUAUCUUCUUACAAUUAUUUUGUCGGUGGAAUCAUUUUUGCUCCAGUAGCAGGUUUUUUAUGUGAUAAGAUUAAAAUUCCAGUUCUGUCGCGCCGGCAUGGAAAAAGAAAAUCGUGGCAUUUGAUUGGAUCUUUGGCAGCAGCUAUAAGUAUUCCACUCUUUUUCAGCAAAUGUUUUGUUUGCGGAAGUGGAACCAAUGAUUGGGUGGUGCUGUUAUAUUACUUUAUCGUAGCCACCAUAAUCUCAUUUUCCAUCAACUUCGUUGACAUCUCCCACUUGUCGGUUAUUCCUGUUUUGGCAAAGAAUCAAAGUGACGCCGCCAAGCUUACUUCUUUAAGAACGGCUUUCACGUAUUUAACUGGCGUCGUUUGCUAUCUUGUGGCAUGGCUGAUUCUUGGACAAGAUAGCCGUGAUCAGUUAUCAAAAGAGAGCUCAAUGGAUUUUAUGUUGAUAGCUCUCACCCUGACAGGAGUAGGACUGGUAUGCUCUGGUAUUUUCCAUGUUGGAACCAAAGAACCUCCACACAAUUCACCAGAGGAGAGGAAGCUGUCCAAUUCAAUUACAGAUUAUGUGAGAAAAACUUCCUUCAUGCCAACACCUGGGAUUUUACAAUCAGUCCUGUAUUUUGAAGGAUAUCAGCAACGAAAGAAAAAUAUCCGAGACAGAUUCGUCCACAGUCUGCGAUCAUCGCAGAACGAUAAAUUAACCAACCAGCAAUCAGGUGAAGAAAAAACAAGCCCUGCGAGAAAAACCAGUUUCUUUGACCAUUUUCUUGAAGCAAUAUUAGAAGGAAAUAAAACUGAUGAACCCGAUGAAAGUACGACCACAGAAAAAGAGGUUCUGGAUUCACCACUGAACAUGGCUGUUACCCCCAUGGCAGUCACAAGUGGGGAAGACUUGACGUUUGUUAAGACAUUACCAACAGAACGAAAAAAAAGCCUUAUGAUGAGCAUCUUUGAUAGACUGAUGACAAAGCAAGAAGAUUCUGAGGAAGAAAUCGAUUCUAAGAAAAAUAAUAACAAACCUAUAGAUGACAAUGAAGGAUCUGAUGCAAAUGAAACACAGCUCGGCCAACAUUCCUUGGAUGUUAGUCAAGAUGAUGGAAAAGUUCUACUAUCUGUUGCUUCUGAUGUUGUACCCAAUCCUCCACCGAAGCCAAAGACAGUGAUAGCCUGGUUCAAGGAUCCUCAUUUGUACAAGGUUGCAAUUAUUUACUCGUGUUCAAAGAGUUUACAAAGUGUGCUUUUCUCCUACUUGCCCCUGCUCCUUACCGACGAACUAAAAUUGGAAAACGUGAGUGAAAUUUGUCAAUUAUUUUCUGGGUUUGAAAUUGGAGAGGCGAUUGCCAAUAUACCAUUAAUAGCGUUAGUGAGUGCCUCAUUGUCUACUGAAAUCUCGAGAAGGCUCUCGAGAAAAGCGGGAAACAAGUGGACAUUCACUGUGGCUGUUCUAACAGUGAUUGGAUCGUGUGUGUGGUUUGCACAUAUUACUCAGUCGACCAGAGUUUUGACUUAUCCAGCCGUUAUUCUACUGGGAUUUGGUUCCUCCGCCAUGUUUGUGAAUGCUCUUGGCUUUGCAACUGAACUCAUUGGAGACAACAAAGCCAGCUCUGGUUUGGUAUUUUCUGUCAUAGGAACCUUCGCCAACCUGAUGUCAGGAACUCUAUAUAUCGUGAUACAAGCUUUAUUUCCUAAAGGAAGCGCGUCUGCUGAUUGCCAAGAGUGCGGGAAUUACGUGCGACAUGUGUUCUCAUUCGUUCCCAGCUCACUCGCUGCUCUUAGUCUGCUGCUAAUGAUCAUUUUUCAAGUUCAUCAAAUGGUCUGUGGGAUAGAAGGAACCGAGAAGGAGACUGAACCAGAUUCAGGCAAUAAAACUCAGCGAAGAUUUGCUGUUGUAAAGAAAUAGCAUAAAAGACACUGGCUGGUUGAACUUGAUGACAUUUGCCAUUACAUCAUAAGGAAUUUGCAAUAACAGCAAAUUCAAGAAUGUGUCAUUAUUAUCUUUCGGUGCUUGUGAUAAAAACGAUUAAAAUACCGGGAAUAACCCAAUGCAAAUUAUAGUUAUCAUUUUAUUCUUGUACGUAGCUAUUGCAGCGUGCUAAUUUCUAAGAGUUCUUGAGUGUAAGUUUUAGAAUGAUUUUGUUUUUGAUAUGAAGAAACCGGAAUCAGAUCUUAGCAGUGAUAUGCAUCCAGAGACCUGAAAGGGGAAUACCUGGUACAAGGACCGUGUUAUUAACUUUGUGAACCAAACCAACAAGUCUGUAAAACGGCAUCUAUUAACAUAUAUCCUAGGUUCUGUAGGUCUGUUCUGGCUCUAGGUUUAAACAUGUAUGAUUUAUUUGAAGAGUCAUUGUCGCAAGACAAACAAGCACAGCAGCGAGCAUAUUAAUAAUGAUAGCCAUUAUUAUAGUAACAAGUUAAAGUUAGCCCAUUUUCCCAUUAGAUCCGAUUUCUUUUCCUCCAACGUUCUGCCAGCAGAAAGGCAUGUGAUUGAAUUCUCACAUUUAAAAACUAUCUAUAGUAGAUCAAAAAUUUAUUUCAUUCUACACUUAUUGAUAAAAAUUAUUAUGGCCCCCGCUUAUGAAGUUAUAGUUAUUCACGGCUACGUCUUUAGCAACUAUUACACAACUCUCAUGCUCUUCGAGCUUCCUGCGUGCUUCAUACCAGAGUUGGUGAUUUGGUUUUGAUGGCAGAGAGCAGACAAGGGUUCCUCUUUUUUUCCUUCCGUAUGAAGGCGUUUUUUCUAAUGCACUCUAGGAUGUCUUGUAAUAACGUAAUGGCCUUAGAGUAGUCUCCAUUACCACCGGGGCAAGAGCUGCGGAGCACAUAAGAUUUGAGUUGUCUAGCGAUGUGAAUGAACGUCAGGCUUAUGAGGGUACCUCAGUGGGGUCACGUUGACGGUUGACGGUUGACAGUUAAAUCUCAGGUCAUUUGACGGUUAAUUUUUUGGAAUGUCGCUUAUAAAACGAACUAAACGUCCGCAUUUGGCUGUAAUUUUUCAUAAUGACGCGUUUGUAAAAAGCUCUUAAUUUAUAACACCUUUUAUGAAUAAAUGACUGACGUUUUA